AUAUGUUACUGAAGCAUUAUCUGUAGUGCCAAAGAGCUAUGAACAGUUUGAAUGGUGAGUGGUAGAAGGGCUGAUUUAAUUACAGUGCCUCACUCCAUCCUGAUCUUCAAUGUUACCAUUUCAACAUAUGAUCAAUGUGUCUUUUGAUGCCGUGGCUUGUGCUUUCCCUUAAAAUAGGAUAUACAUGUAUAUAAUUUUAUACUAUUUGUUUAUUUUUGGUUUUUCGAGACAGAGGAAUUUCUCUGUGUCGCCUUGAUAUAGAAGGAACUUGCUUUGUAAACCAGGCUGGUUUCGGACCUCCCCCCCCUUUUUAACAUCACAUUUCAGAUCAGACUAACAGAUGGCAAGUGCUUAACAGAAUAUCUAAGAUGUACAUCUCUGGAGUGGACACAAUCUUCUUUACCGGUGGAAAAUAUUUACUCUCAACGAUGUACAUCUAGACGACAGGUUUAUUAGGCUCAGCAUCUACUGCCAAACGCGAUAACCUGAGUUCGAUCCAUAAGACAGACCCACAUGGUAGGGAAGAAGCAAUUUCUGAAAACUGUGACACGUGGCAGGUGCACGAAUUCACAUAACACACAAAUAAAUAAUAAAUAAAUGCUCUGUGUAACAAUUAAGAUUUUUAAAAAGACCUAUCUGUCAUUUUCAAGGAUUUGCAGCUUCUUCCCGACUGUUAGAGUACUGAGCCUGGGUCCCCUGUAGGGAUUCUAUCCCCUAGAAAAAUGCUGGCUUCUCCUUCUCCUCCUUGCUCAUCCACUUCCUGCCUGCAGUAACCAAUGGCACCUGCUACCUGGGCUCUUCUGCCUUGCCCCGCCGGCAGGAAAUCCCCGGUCAUGCGCAGCUUCCUGAAGCCAGGCUGAACCCUCCACCGAGUCCUGGCUUCUCGGCUUCCCGCCUAGUCCAGUCGGCACCCGUCAUUCGACUGCACUCUUAGAGGGGAUCCCUGGAGAGUUGUGGUCCACACGACUCGAAGGGCAUUUGGCUGCUUUCACAACGUGGCCAUUAGGAACCAGGAAGGAUCUUUCAGGUCAGAACCCGCGCUGAGCUCGGCCAAUGGACUGAUGCAUAGCGGGUUGCUGGGCAGCGAAAAGACCAAUCCGCAAUCUCUACUCCCAGAGACCAAUGACAUAUAAUGAUAGUCUGGUUUCAUUUUCUCAAAAAGACGCGGGAUUCUAGCUGCUAGAGGAAAGCCCUUGAGGAAAAGCUGAAUAAAAAUACACAGAGUUACUGCUCAGUUCUCUUUCCCUGCCCUUUUCAUCUCUUUAUUAAAUAAAGGGCUGAUUUUAACACCAACGUAAGUAGAACAUUGUUUUGAGUUUCCCAGCUGCAAACUCUUUGUAGGAUAUGCGCAUUUGAAUUCUCUGUUUACUUCAAGCUGUGGGUUUGGAUACACCAUCUACCUUUUUGUGUUUCAGCUGAGUCACCUGCCUCAUCUCAAAUUCACCAUGAGCUCUAAGAAGCGCAGAUCACAGACGAUCCCAUUUAAUGCAAGGAAAAAUAAAAAAAUCCUUGACUUUUUCCCUCAGGUCCCCAAAGAAGGGCAGAAUGAUUCCAGUACUUCUCAAGUAAAAGGGAUCUCUAGAAAAAUGCCAAGAGAUAUAACAAACACACAGGACCAAAGACCACUUUCAUCUAAGAAAAUUCAACAAGAUCAGAUUCCUCCCCCAAAUAAGAAAAUUCUAAUCACUUUGGAUGUUAACCGCAGAAAAAACAAAAAAAUGAAGCAUGAGCUGACGCACAGUGAGAAAAGUAGCUUAUAUGCAGCACUCAGCACUCUCAAUGCUGUCAAAGAAGAGAUAGAAAAUCAACAAGGCAAAGAAAUGCUGGUGUGUGGCAAAGAAGGAAUCGAAGGGUACAUAAACCUUGGCAUGCCCCUCUGCUGCUUUCCAGAAGGCUGCCACUUGGUCAUUACAUUUUCGCCGUGUAAAAGUCAGCCGGAAGAUAAUAAGCAAUUGUUUGAACCAUGGGACCAACCAUCUACCAGUUAUGUCCGAUUUUAUAUUCAUGCAAUUGGGAGUAAGAUAAAAAGGAUUGUGAAAAAUGGAAAACUUCGCCAAAAGGGGAACAAACUCUGUGUUUAUGGCCUCAAAGGAGAGACCAUCAAGGACACUCUGAGGAAGGAUGGCAGGUUUCUUUCUUUUGUAGAGAGUGACGAUUGGAAGCUCAUUAGUGAAUUGGACACCAUCAUAGAAAACACCCAGCCGGUUGAUGAGUUAGACGGCAAACUCUUCCAGGUCGAGGUUGAGCAAACAAACAACCCGAGGAUAACAUCCAUCACUCAGGAUUCUGAGUUAGAGAACAGAAGCUUUCAUGAGGUAGAUGAACACAUUGUAGAUCAAUACCCCAUAUUGAAAGAACAACGAGAAAAAUUCAGAGCAUACAUCAAGGACAAAAGUAAAAAAAGAAAGAAAAAAGCUUCCUUAUUCAAAAUGCACAAAGAAAACUUUGGGAAACUGACAAGAAAUUCUACUUCUGUUAAAGUGCUCAAAAGUCUUUCAAAGGCCAGUGACUCAGUUGGGUUCCUGUGGUGGAAGAACAAUGGGAACGAGGGCUGUGCCACCUGCUUUGUUUUUAAAAAGCCGUACAUUUUCACUUGUCGGCAUGUGAUAACUGACAUCGUGGGGGAAGGUGUAGAGCCAAGUAAGUGGGCAAGCACCAUUAGUCAAUGUGUAAAUGUGAUCUUUGAUUAUGAAGAGUUCCCACCAAGAGAAGACAAUGCUUUUAAUGUUAAACCCUGGUUUGAGAUAUCUAAUGAAAAUCUUGACUAUGCUGUCCUAGAACUAGAGGACAAUGUACGAGAGGUACCUGCCGACCUGUAUAAUGGGAUAGGACCUGUGCCACUUAAUGGGUUGAUUUAUAUCAUUGGCCACCCAGAUGGAGAAAAGAAGUCUAAAGAUGGUUGUACAGUAGUCCCUCAAGAUAAUCGAGAAAGAAAAUGUGAGGAAAGUGUUCAGGCAAGAGAGGCAGCAGGUGACCAUGUCUCUUGGUCUUUUGUCCCCUUAUACACCCAAAGAAGCUUCCAGAAACUGCUUCACAACUCUGAUGUUGUUACCUAUGACACCACUUUUUUUGGUGGGUCUUCUGGAUCCCCAGUGUUUGAUUCUAAUGGUUCAUUGGUGGCCAUGCACACUGCUGGCUUCACUUGUGAAUAUGAAAGUGGAGUUCACAAUAUUAUUGAGUUUGGUUCUACUAUGGAAUCCAUUAUUGCUGAUAUUAAGCAAAAUGAAGAUUGGUAUAAAAAAAUCUUUGGAAAUUAUCAGGAAGACGAAAUGCCGAACCCAUAGUCCUAAAAGAAUUUAAUCUAUUUUUCACAUUUAAGGGAAUUGCCUAUGGUGUUAUUAUUCUGCAGACAAUAAUGUUUUAUGAACUCUUAAAAUGAUGGAUACUAUCAAAAGAUGGAUGUUCUAGAUUACUCCCUGUGCACUUGGCAUUUUUCCAAAGUUUAUGAACAACACCAAAACACACAAAAACCAGUUUAGUUGAACUGUUUAAGUAAAGUAACAUGAAAAAGAUUAAGCAAAUAUCGGGUCUCAGUGGACUAAGAGUCAGGAGAUGCAAAGAUAUGAAAAAAUUCAGAGCCUGGAAACUGAAGUUGUGGUCCAAAGAGAGUAAGGGAAAGGGAUUUAUUGCUUUCAACUGAUUUCAAAGGCACUGUUUCAUUUUUGCUUUAUCUGUAUCUUCCUUCUCUGCUGACCAGAGCUCAGACAGAUCACUGGGUCACAGGUUUCUUAGCUCCAGGAAGUCCCUGAAAUCACCUGCUUUUCUUCUGCUCUGGCUUUCUGGCUUAAGACUGGGUCUAGAAUGCAUCUUCAAGGAAUGGUGUGGAAGUCAUUGAGCAGGCAAGGGAACUGGUCUCUGCUCUACAAUGUGGACACGGGAGCUUCUGGGCUUGAGUGAUGGGGAGCGAACACUGGAAGAGAUGGUUUUUACUUCUUGGCAUUCACCAUGGAGUGGGCCGGGAGGACACCGGACAUAGCCUAGAACACUUCUCGGCAAUGUGACACUCAAGUCCUAUUCUCUUGACGAGAAAGGAAGGCAAGCUCACCACCAUCAAAAUCAAGAGAACUAUGUACUGAAGGCAGCUGGCGGUCUUGAGGGCAGGGGCAGGCGUGGAUAAGAUAGUGUGGAACGAUUGUUAAGGGGCCAGGUUCACCAGCAAUUGCAUCGAUUCUUCAGUUUCCCUUAUUUUCCAGACAUCUCCUAGCACUAUUGUGUAAUGUUUUCUUUCUCCUGCUCUGUCUGUCUUUCCCAAAGGAGAUACAGAGGGACCUAAAUUUUAAAGUGUGUAUAUGUAGUGAGUUAGAAGUAAUAAACAUAAAGAUGAUUUGAACGGCAUUCCCAUUGGUUUGUUGCGAACACGCAUUCUCAGUGCUCUAAGGUAAUAAAGAUGGUUUCCGCA